ACUGAAGCAGUGACCAGCCCAGGGAAACUACACUGUCCUCUGGCUGUGGGAGGUCAGACUGUCCUUUACCUUAUUCUCAAACCCCAGUCACAUGGCUAGACACGCCUGAAAGGCAUUUCUAAACGUCUAUUGCCAAGAAUAAGAGGGCCUACUGACUACUCCCAGGUUAACGCCAUUAUUUAACAGAUUCAAUUCAACCCAAAAGCAGAGUGCAGGCUCACACGGAGCCCAUCUCGUAUGGGAGGAGGUGACGGCGGUGCACAGCCUCGCUGUGAUUCAUCCGGCGGCUUUCUGUGUUUGAUGCUCCUCAGUUGGUACCCUCACUGGCCCUGGCACGAUGGACAACGGGAAUGCCCAGAUGUACGUGGAGGAUAGGACAGAGGCACCAGGGGCCCAGCCAAGUCCUGGCCUGAGGACUGCCAGCAACAGGGCUGGUGAGCCCACCAUAUCAGAAGUCAGCCAGGCUGUGUUUCCAGAUGCUGAAGCGAUGGACAGUGGCCCGCAGCCCUCACCAGCCCUGGGCGGGCCGGAGACUGGGCCCGGACACAGAGCCGUGUCAGAGGAGGGUUUUCCGCAGCUCAGUCCCCAGGAGCAGAAGCCUCCGGCAGGACCAGGGAUGAAGGUGCCAUCUUGGGUCCCCCAGGAAGGGCCCAGGGAGCUGCAAGCAGACCGGGAUCCGCCCACGCCAGGAGGUGAGCUGGGGGUGCCCCCCAACAGGGCCCCUGCGACACAGGAAGGGCUGCUGCAGCAGGGCUCAGGAAGAGAGACUGAGGGCCAACAGGGAAGCCAGCGGAGCCCAGGGCCCGUGGAGGGCCAGGGCCCUGAGAGUCACCAGCCCCAGGCAACCACUGAUCUGUGUUCUGCAGCUGUGAAUUUGUAUUUUCCAGAAUUUUCCAUAAAAGGAAGCGACCCAGAGGGUCAGCCCAUCCCAGGUCACCUGGCAGCCAAUGAGUCAGACACAGUGCAGCCGACAGAGCCUUAUUGCACCUUGGACAACUCUGAACAGCAACUGAGGGACAAGCUCCCCAAGGAGGUGGACACCCCACCCAUCGGGCCACAGGGGGCUCUGCCAGAGCCUGGCCCAGGGGGACAUGAGGACCGUUCCCAGGAAGUAGAGUCCUUAAUGCCUACGGCAACUCUGGAGGGAAAGACAGCUCACACUGCCCCACCACCCACGCCACCACCCGACACACCCAAAGCAAGGUAAGGCACCCCACCCCUCCCUGAC